UACCCCAUCGAUGUUUUGACAGCUCUAGUUUGCACUUUUUUUGUGCAUUUUUUAUAAAAAAUAAGUAACGACGUGUGGCAACGAAUAACGAAACAUCAACGAAAUGGCAACGCGCGGCGGUCCAAUGGUGACGGGCACCGACGGCAACGACUUCGAGUUCAGGCAGCGCGUGGCUGGCACAUAUCAAAUUAGCCUGCUGAACAAAUCACGAUUGAAGUACUGCAUUUUCUUUCACGCCCUGCUCUUCUUCGUGAUGCUGGCCAAGCUCACAUCGGACAUUCUGGACCGGCUGGACAUCUUUGUGCUGGAAAUCGAGGAGCUGGAGGUGCCGCCGCCUCUGUGGUGGGAGUACGUGUGGGCCGCCUCGUUGCUCACCUCGUUCCUGGGCCUGUCAGCCGCCCGCGGCAACAAGGUGCGCGAAAUGCAAAAGUACAUGAUCGCCAUCCUGGUCUUUGCCGUUCUGCCGCUUUUCUACUGCUUCGCCUACUACUUUUCGGACGUUUGGGAGUUUGCCACGCUGGACAAGUCCGUUGAGCUGGACGAGACGGACAUUUUCGUUUGGCGCGGAUACCCGUACGGAGUGUUUUGGUAUGCAUUCUGCUUCGUUGGAUUCCAGGUGCACGGAUUCACGCUGUAUUUCGCAUACAACCUGGUCAAGGCCUGGAAGGCCAGAACUGCCACGCGCAAGUUCCAGUAAAGCCGGAACCGAGAGGAGCCGAGCAAAGUCUAAAUACUCGCCAAACUAGCAAACGUCAGAGAGCAGGGAGCAGGCAGUAGCUAAAGAGCUGUAGGGCUAGAUGUAAAUAAUUUGGAAAAACUUGAAACUAACUCGAAACACUAGUGCACAAAAGCGUAAUGAAACUAUGGUAAAUUUAAAGUUAUGCAGCUGUUAAGGUAUCGCACAUUUUAGUCAUACAGGAAGGGAGAACACACUUAAACGAAGCGUCAGCGUUAAAGUUAUUGUUAGUUGAAAGUUAAACCGUUCAAAAUGAUUAAAUAGACUCUUAUCCAUA